AUGGUACAGCUGCUGAACAGCCGGAAACGCUCGACCUCCUACCACAAAGAAGGGGAUGAGGAGUUUAAGCAUCAGGUCGGCGGCCACCAUCAACUCCACCAGGUCGGCCGGCUUCACCUCGCCAAGCCGUCCGGCGUAGAUGAGCGCGACUUCUACCUCCACGCCCCACCUGCGCUCAUCCCACACCUGGCCCACAUGUGCGGAUAUACUGAGGGCUCCUCCGAGACCGUACGGCCGUCGACGAGUACGAUGUGCGACAAUUGCCUAUUGGGAGGAUCCGCAGGGCAGUCAAGGCUGACCGCUUCCAUAUCGAGAAUGAGGGCCGGCAAGCCGAGUGCAAGCGCCGAAUACGUGGUGUUAUCCGACCUUACUGCCGGUUUCCGGCACCCCUGCAUCGUCGACCUGAAGAUGGGCACACGACAGCACGGCGACGCGGCAGCGCCUGAGAAGAUACGCAGGCAGACCGACAAGUGUGCGCGCAGCACGUCACUGCUGUAUGGGCUCCGACUAUGCGGCCUCCAAUAUUAUGACGCGUGCACCGAACGCAGCACCGUCAUCGACAAGUACGAGGGGAGACGGAUUGAGGUCCUCGAGCUCUGGAAAGCAAUCAAGGGCUUCUUCUCCUACCCUGAUGGCAGAUUGAGAACAGCCCUGAUUCGCGCACUGCUGCGCAAAAUUGAAGCUGUUGAAGAGGCGGUCCAAUCCCUCGAUGGCGUCCGUCUCUUCGGCUCCUCGCUUUUGGUCAUCUACGAGGGCGACGAGACGCUCGAGCCGCUCAGCGACGAGGAGGCCGAUAAGCAACUCUGCGUCCGCAUCGUCGACUUUGCCAACGCCACGCUGGGCGGUGGGCUUCACUCCGGCGCAGAUGAGGGCUUUUUGCUUGGUCUACAUUCCUUGCACCGCUUCAUCGACGAUCUCGCUCACCAUUCUGACAGUGACGUCGACUCGGAAGGGUCGAUGAGUCCA